CUGAAAAUCACUUGGUUCGCAGCGUUCGCAGUGUAAAGACGUGUUUUAAAUUGCUGAUCGAUGUGUAGUAGUAAAUAACGGUUCUCGAAUUAAAAAUCAAAGUUGUUGGAUUUUUUCCCCAAAGAAGAAAAAAUAUUAUACACAUGCAAACAUCAUUAUUGUUAAGUUGAGAGCGAGAGAAUUUUAAAAGCGUUUUUUAUUUUUUGUUUAAAUAAUUGUAAAAUAAUACAAAAGUGACGGAGUGUCUUUUUCCUAAGCUUGAUUAAAACUUAAUUAAAAAAAGAAAAACGUAUUAGAAUUUUGACAUCAAAUCAAAGCAAGCAGAUAAAACAAAAACGAGAACGAAAUUAUUUUUCAAAAAAAUAAUUUCCCUACAUAAAAGGACCAUCGAUGCAGACAAAAAUUGUUAACCAAAAUAUUAAUAAUAAUAAAAAUAAUUAUAAAAGAAAAAACAAAUCGACAGACUGAUUACCAUAUAUACAUAAAAAAUAAAUAUAUAUAAAAAUAUAAAUAUUUAUAUAUAUCUAUAUAUAUAGAGGCAGUUGUGAACAAAAAAAAACAUUAAGAAAAUAAAAAACAGAACAAAAAAAGAGCAAAACCCAGAGAAAUAAAAAAAAACAAAAACAAAAACUCUUAAUGGGAUUUAGUAUUUUUUCGUUGAUUUUAAUUACUUGUGUGUGAUAUAUAAAGUUAAGUAAUUUUAAAAAAUACAAAGAACUAUAUAAAAUAAUAAAAAAAUAAUUAAUAAAAUCAAUCUGAAAAUAAAAAAAACAAAACAAAUUAAAAAAACCAACAAUAAUUAAUUGAAAAUUAAAAUAAUUAUAAAAAUAAAGAAGCUGACAAGAUGACAUACUCGCACAAUAAUAGCAGUAAUAAAAUGUCGAUAAGAUAUGGCGGAAGUAGCAGUAGCAGCAGUACAACAUCAUCUUCAUCAUCAUCAUCAACAACAACAAAUCAUUCCAACAGUAUUGCCAGCAGUACAAAUUUAAGCACCUCACCCGGUUCAAUGUCGUCCGGAUCAUCGUCCAGCAGUUUAUCAUCAUCGUUAGGUGGUAAUUCUUCGAGCAGCAGUCUCGGUAGCUGCGGCAUGGGUGGUGGCAGCGGCGGCGGCGGCGGUGGAUUCUUCUCCGCUCGCAAAAACAAUCAUUCGCCACGAACUCACGGUGGCUGGCAGCGUCAAUCACCCGGUGGCGGCAACUCAUCGAGUCGUGGCAAUAGCUUGCUUACGUCUCCCGGUAACGGCGGCGCUGGCAGCGAUUCAUUCUUCAACAAUCCACAUCUUCGCCAGAACAACCAUCAUCAUCAUUCGCAUUCGCACCAGAAGCAUGGAGGCAGCAGUGGCGGUCCCGGCGGUCAUCACGGCUCAGUCAAUUCGCCAGCAUCAAUUAUUGGUGGCGGCGGCAGCGGACGCAAGUCCAAUCGCAAUCAUCAUAGAAAUUCGAGUGGCCAUAAUAAUAACAACAACGGUAUUCAUAUCCUUUUGUCGUCGUCAUCGUCAACGACCAUCGUCGCAAGUCAGCGCAAUGGCGGCGGAGGCGUCUCCCCGACAACCCUUAUACCAACGAAUUUAACCCACUAUGCUGGCAGCAAGUGCUUUGAUGCACCAGCACCAACAGCUUUACCAAAGCCACCGCAACACUGGACAAUGGGCGGCAAGGAUGUUAUGCUAAGUACAAACUCGAUCAUCACUGAUCCUAAAAUGGUGACGUUUAAUACGUCCCCAGCAAUGCUGGCUUCAAUUCCAACCGGAGUCAAAUCAUCGAAACGCAAUCUCCUCGAUGACUUUGAUACGCACAAUUUGAAAUUGUUGCUCAAUGUGCAAUCGUAACCGCCAUUUUUUUAUUUAAAUUAAAUUAAAAAAAUGACAAAAACAAAAAACACUUAAGUUCAACAACAAUGAAUAUUUUUUUUUUAAUUUAUUUUUUUUUCAAACCUUAAAAAAAUAAAACAAAAGAUAAACAACAUCAAAUCAAAAAAGUAUAAAAAUAAAUUAAAAUGCAAAACAUAGUUUUUUCGCUUUAAAAUGGAUCUCCAAAAUAAAAUAACAACAAAUACAAUACAAAAUUUCUACUUUCCCUAAAAAUCCCCACCACCACCCACCACCACUCCCCUUUUCCAGACAAAUUUUAACAAUGCAGCACAUUAAACAAAUAAAAUUAAAACCAAUCAAUUUUAAAACAACAAUAGACAGAGACACAAAAUAAAAAAAAACUAAAAUUAACUAAAACAAUACAUCAAAACAGCGACAACAACUUGUGGUUUUUAAAAUACAAAACAAAAUUAAAAUUAAAAAACAAAAACUUUUAGUGAUUUAAUAUUAAAUUUAAUAAAUAUAAACAAAUAACAAACAAAUUGAAUCGUGAUAUAUAAAUAGACUUUGAAAAAAAAAACAUAAUUGAGAAUAAAUUACAAAUAAAAAAAUAAUUGUAAUAAAUUUGUAGUACCUUAAAUUAAUUGAUAAACAACAAAACAACAACAAAAAUAAAAUUAAAAUAAAAAAAAACAAAACUCUAAAUAAAUAAUUUUAUUGUUAUAUUCAAGAUCAUUUAUGAACCUUUAAAAAAAAACAAAAUUUUCUCUUAUAUUCUUCGUUACAUGGUUUUUUCUAUUUUCUUCUUGAUUGUUUAUUUUUCUUAAAUAAUUAUUUUAAUUUCAAUCUAUUUUUAUUUGUUGAAAAUAAUAAACAAAAAAGAAAAACAAACAAAAAUUGAACAACAUUUUUUGUAUAUCCACCCACCAACCAAACUUAAACAAAAUUAAUUUAAGUUAACUAAAAAUAUUUAAAAAAUUAAAAAAAGAAGAAAGAAUUUGUGUAUAACGAAAUGAAGUGUGAUAAAAAUAUAAAUAAAUAAACAAAAGAAUAUGAACAACAAAGCAAGUUUAAUGUUAAACUUAAAAUGCAAUAACAACACAAAAUGUGAUUUUAAACAAAACUUUAAACAAAUAAUGUGUAAACAAAAAAUACUUGGACAUUAUUUAUCAUUAAACAAAAAGAAAUGAUACAAACAAAAACAAACUUUGGCUUAGAAAUUCAACCAUUCGUAAUAACAACUGCCAAACAAUAAAAAAAAGAAAAUAACGGUAAUUUAACAACAAACUUAAAAUAUACCUCAACAACUUAAAGUCAUCAAAGAACCAUCUGUAUCAAGGACAACAGAACAUUAAUUCAGACAACAACAACCAUUUGAGAAGCACAAUCCACAGUCCAAAGAAAAUCACAAAACAACAUCAUGGUGGUUAAACAACAUGCUGAUUGAACAACAACAACAAUGUGAUCCAAAUAUAUCAAUAUGUUCCUUCACACCGAGGUGAUAAACUUUUUUUUAACUAUUAAAACUUAGUAACUUAAAAAAAAAACUUAAUUUGUUUAAAAAAAAAACCAACAACCAUAAAAUGCCUUUCAAACAUCAAGAACAACACCAAGAUCAACACAUUCACCAACAACCAACAGCUCCUCCCGAUCAACAAUUGUAUAUUUUAAUUUUAUUUAAUUUUUAUUCAACAACAACAAAAGUACAUUUGGAGAGAGCCUUUUUUGUGUUAAUUAAAUUCAUAGAGGCAAUCAAAAUCAGCAUGUUGGACAUGGUAUAUAAUUAGCUGCUCUCCAAAAGAUAAAACAAACCACAACAAUAAAUACAUCCUGACUAAGCAUUAACAAACAAAAAAAAACAAUGGAAGAAAAUUAUCAUUAUUUUAUUUUUUGAAUUUUAUGUUUAAUAAAACUUGCCUGUUAUAUUAUAACAAAACAUAAACAAAAUUAUGUUGAGCUAAAUUGUUAAGUUAUUUAUUUUGUUAAUACCCAAUCAAGUCAAGCUCUGUUAUAUGCACUUCAUGUUUAUUAUUAUAUUUAUUUAUAUUUUCUUAUUUUGUAAAAAAAAAAACAUAAACAAAAACAAAAUAAACAUCCCAAAAACAAAUUUUCUUUUAAAUAUAAAAGCAGCGCUUUUUUCCAAACAAUUAUUCUUCUCACAAUUAAAUUUGUAUUUUUCUUAAUUUUUCUUCUUAAGUUUUAUUUCUUCUCUUUUAUUAAAUAUGUUAUCCAAAAAUGUAUCUAGUAGUUUUGUGUUUAAAUUUUAUUUAAAAAAAAACAUCAAUUCUAUGUGUAAAUUUUAUUUUUUCCUUUUAUUUAAUUUAAACAAACAAAAAAUUGAAAAACUUUGUGAAUAGCAAACUAAAUGAGAUCGAACAUUUGAUAAAUUAAAUAAAAAGAAAAACAAAAAACAAAGCUUUAAAGAAGACUUAUAUACCUUUAUAUAAUAAAUAAAAAUAAAAGAAAUUAUUUAUGUAUAUAUACAAAAAUAGUUUUAUUCAAGUAUAAUGCAUAAACUAAAACAAAAAAGAAUGAAAAACAACAAACAACAUCAAACUUAAACGAGAUAACAAAAACACAAAAAGCAUUUUCUAAAUAAUAUUAAAUAAUUAUGAUAUAAACAAAAAACAAAUAUAUGUUAUUUUAAAAUUAAACCAACAAAAGAAAUGAAAUAAGAUUUAAAUUUAAAAUAAAAAACAACAAAUUAGUUUUUAAACAAAAAAUAAACUUAUUAAAUUUAAUUACAAACAAAAAAAAAACAAAUAUAAACAAAAAUAGCUAUUAACUUUAAUUCUUGCAAUGUUGUGUGAUAAUCGAAUUUUAUUAAGGAUUCCUUAUUAAUUAUAUUAUAUUUUUAAUAUUAUUAUUUUUUUUAUUUUUAUUUUAUUUUUUUAUUUACUGAGAAAAAAGAAAAACAACAAGAAAUUUUGUUACUCCAAAAUAGAGGAAAAAAAACGAAAAUUACGAAAAUUGUAUUAUUUUUUUAAAUUUUAUUUUUUGUUUUUGUAAAAGAAUGAAAAUUUAAACCAAAAUCCAAAAAAUCAAGAAACAAAAAAGAAAAAGAGACAAAAUAUAAAUAUUUAUUUUCUUAUUUUACAAAAUUUUUUAAAUCAAGUGUUUUUCAUUUUAUUAUUUUCCAUCGAUUUAUUUGAAAGAAAAUUUUGGCGACGUCGUUGUUCGAAAUCGUUGGGAUAACUUUAACGAAAAAAAAUUCAUUUGCAUUUAUCGGAGAAUGAGGGGCAUCGGAAAGAGUCAUCAUGGGGCAAUACAAUAAAAUUGGAUUUCUCCAACUUUCUCUACUCUUCUCUAAACUGAUGUUGGUUUUUUUUUUAAGGGUCGGAAAUUGUAUUUUAUUAAGUCUUGUAAGUACAAAUAGUCCUAUGUAAGGUUAAAUAUUAAAAAACAAGAAAUACAGGUCACAAAGUAGUUUUGCCUUAGUAAGUUGAUAAAUCCUCUUUGCAUUUUGUUUUGUUCAAAAUAAUUUGGAAUGAUUUUUGUGGAAAAUGUUGAGAUUAGAAACGUUAAUAGAUGCUUGAGAGAUGAUGUGGAAUUUGUGCGACUGACAGAUGCCAUGGUUUUUCUUUUUUGUAGCCAUUGUUUGUCAUAAAACACGAUUGUGACAAUAAGGGGUAAUGUUACUUUUAUUUGUAUCUAACAUAGGCCUUAAUGGCAGAGAAGUGGAAGACAUAUUGGUAAUUUGUAAUUCAGUUAUGCAUUUUUUCAUUUCACUUAAUAAGAACAAACAAAUUGCUUAAGGCUAUUCUGUACAAAAUUGAAUAGUUUUGAGUUGUUAAAGGUUCAGCAUCAAAUUGCUUGUUAGUCAAGUCUUUAUAUUAAAUUAAGAACUAAGGCUACAAGAAAGAUUUGAGUUUAUAUGUAGGUAAAAACCGUAAAUACUAAUAAAGACUUUUUUGUUUAUUCUUUUCAAUGUAGGUUUUCAUAAGUCACAUAUUUUUUAAUUUUCUCAAUAUGCAAUAUAAUAUAUAUUAAAACUCGAAAAUUUGUACAAUACACCAGUGCAACUAGUUAUGGAUGUUUUUAAACAAAAUUCCAAGCUCCUCUUUUUCUCUGAAACGAAAUCUUAAAACUAGUCUAUAAAAUAAAGUUCCAAUAAUGGAGAAGCUUUAAUCGGUAAGAUCUUAUGAUAGAAAGGAUUCAGAAGAACUGCAUUCUUUUACAGGUGAACGUUGGAACUAUUUUAAUUUUGUAUUAAAACGGAUUAGAAUAGAUGAAAGUGCGAACCAAGUCAAUAAAAUGAACUAUUCAAAAGAUCAGCCUGUCGCAAUUGGCAAAGGCUUUGGAAGUGUUUCAAUCUGUUUUAAUAAUGAAAAUUCUUGUAUUCUUUCUUAUCAUUUGAUCCACUUUAGAGCUCAGUCAAGACUUUAAAAAAUAAGUUAAACUCAUACAUCAUAAAGAAACUUUUUAAUGAAAGAUUUAAGUAAUUUCAAAUCAUCAUAUUCCCCUUGCAAAAACAAAUAUGAAAAAUUUAAAAAAAAAAGCCAGAAUAAUUUGUUUUCUGAAGGCUUUAUUUUCCGAAGGGCGGGCGCUAUGAAACUCACACAAUGUAUUUAAAAAUUGAAAAACUCUUUUAAAUCACGUUUUAGUGAUUUGUAUUUAUAGAGAGCUUUUAUAAACUUGACUGUUUAAAUGAAAUGAUUUUUUUUUAAGGAGGAAUUGUUUCGAACCCUUUUCAAAUUAAAGGAUGUCAUUGCAAUACAAUUUUAGGAUUUAUUUUAAGGGAAUAAUAUAAAAUGGUUGUAUUAUGUUUAGAGUUUUUAUUCGAAUGAAAAUUUAAGGUCCAUUAUACCAAGAAGUUAGUUCUUAGGAGUAUAACAAUUAAAUACAAAAAUUGCAGACUUUCAAGUUUAUUUAUUUAUUGUUCAUAUCAAAAAUAUUCAUCCCUGACUCAUUGGAAGACAAUUGACAACCUUGAUCUUAAGAAAAUUCACAUUCGGUAUUCAACUUUUAAUAAAGAUUUUAAUAGAAUGCUAACUUAAUCCUCUUGGAAGAAAUCUUCAUAAUCACACAAAUAUUGCUGGAAAAAACAAGGAGUGAUAUUCGGUUCUUCUUAGCCGAAACAGUCAUCAGUCAUUGUCUUUCGAUGGAGCCUUUUUAUGUAGAUGGUAGAAUUGUCAUCGGUAACAGGUUCAAUGAUAAAUUCAAAGCAAAUAACUGAGGUUAUUCGUUUUUAAAAUGUGUUAAUAAUGAAAAGACAUAACGAUUUCGAAUGACAAUUUGGACUAACCAUUAAUUUUCUAGUUACGUAGAACGGGAAAUCGUUUAAGGUUACAGAUAAAACCCCCGAAGAAAUGGGUAAUUAUCCGAAGACACGCCAUCGUAUUCUGCAGUUUACAAACAAAUCAUUUAAACAACCAAAAAUUGGUUCCUAUUAAUAAACAUUUACUAUAAGUAGUACUUACACGUAAGUGUUUAAUUCGAAAGUGAAAACUUUUAACCCCGAACAGUUAAAGGUAGGUUCUGGAAGGAAUGGCCAAAGAAAAUAUACCCACCAAGCCGAGUACUGAAAUAAGUCUUGAGCAUAAAGCUUAAGCUGCCUGAGUACGGCCAAUUAAAUAGCUUUGAAAUUUUUUGAACGUAUUUCUUGCUUACUCUGAAAAACAAGAAUGAAAUAAAUUUUACCUAACGCAACGUAAAAAAACGAAUGUCUGCUUUCUUCUUAGUUAAAAAUUCAAUAUUGAAAAAUAUGUUCUUCAUUUUUAUGUUCCUCAAGUAUCGCCUCAGGGUUACCAGCAUAUUAUGUUUUUGUUUUUCCAACCAUCUUAUUUUCGUUUUUCUCACAACUUUUCCACAAAAUUCCAUUGAGUUUAAAUUAUAUUUAAAUAAAAUGUUUACGGGAUUUUUCAAAUUUUAAACUAUGCAUAUUACUUUAAAAUAUUACUUAGGUAUUAUAUUUAAUUUUUUUAUUGAUAAAUAUUUAAUUUAAACCUAUCCAAAAUAUUUCUCUGAAGAAUUUACAUAUUUUAAACAAAUUUGUAAAUUCUCCAAAGAAAUAAACGAAACUCUUGCAUUUUUUUUAAGCAAAAGAAAAACUUGCAAUGUCCCAAAGAUAAAAUCUCUUAAACAAAACUACAAAAUUUUCAUCUCAUAUAAAACUCAACAACAGAAAAACAAAUCAGAGAAGAAAAAUUAAGAAAAAUACAAAAAGAAUAAAGAAUGAAGAAAUGAUAAGAAAAAAAUCACGAUUUAAAUAAAAUAUUAUAAUAUAAAAAUUACAAAAUUCGAUAAAAUUAAUAUUUAAGAACCACAAGGUUAAAUUAAAAACAAAAAAAACAAAGACUUACAUAAAUAAAAGAAGCUACAACAACAACAAAUCAGAUUCUCAACCAUACAUAUAAAGAAUAUUUAAAUCAGAGCCAUUGAUGCUCUUUCGACUAAAAAAAAACAAGAAAGAAACAAAACGAAACGAAUUGCUUUUAUAAUUUUUAUUUAUUUAAACAAAAUUAAAAUAAUCAAACAAAUAUAACCCAUCAUUUUCCUUUUGCCUAAAAAACAAACAAAAAUAUCUCCAUAGAUUUUUAUCUCUGUCAACAAAAAUUACACAUUAAAGAAUUAAUUUAAAAAAAAAAUUAAAUAAUUCUACACAUAAAAUCAAUUUGCUAUAUAUUUAAAUAUAAAGUAUAAUACAAUUUAAGAAACAAAAAGAAAGCUAAAACUAGUACUUGAAUGUGAUCUCAUUUUUAUAAUGAAAAAACUAUUUAGAACAAAAGAAAAAAGAAACAAACAAAACUGCAGAAAUAAACAUACUCAGAAAUUAUUUAAAAAAAAGUGAAAAAUGAUGAAGAACAACAAAAACAACAACAACCAAAACAAAACUAUUUUAACUGUGAAAUUUCCACCAUCCAUUGUAGUUUUUUUUUGUUAAAAACAAAAGAAUAAAUUACAAAAUUUAAGAACAUUUAACGAAAGUUUAUAUAUAGAUAUAUCAGAAAAUUAGGAACAACCAGUAGAAAGUACUCUUUUUAAUAAAACAACAAACUAAAAUUCUAUAAACAUACAACAAAAAAUUAAAUUUAAAGAUAUAAAGAAAAAUAAAUUUUAGUAUUUUUUUGUUAUUGUGGACAAAUCUUUAUUGUUUGUGAUAUCAAUUUUUUUUCCAUAGCUGUUCAAAAUUUUGCAAAAUAAAAAAAGAAUGAACCUUCUAGAUAUUGUUGAAAGCCUUGAGAACGUGUUACAAAAAUUAUAAAAAAAAAUUGGUAUUUUUCUUUUUAAAUGUUUACAUUUCAUUUUGAAUUUUAACUUUUAACUCCUUUUAUUUUAGUUGGCAUUAUUUUUAAUUCAGUAAUAAUAAUAAUAAUUCAGUUAUUCAUGUUUUAAAAAAAUUUUUUAAAAUAUCUUCCUCAAAAAACAAAAACAAACACUUUCUAUUUGUUUUCAACAAUUCCUAGAUGGUUAUUUUCUUUACACACAAUAAUUUCCUAUCAUAGAUCUUAUCUACUCGUAGUAGUUCACUUAAAAUUUAAACAAUUUGUUUUCCAAGAAAAAAAAAUAAUUAUGAAUAAAAUAAUCGCUAUAAACAAUUUAAAAAAAAGAAACAAAACUAUAUUUUUAGCUUCUUUAUUGUUCUUUUUUAACAAAUAAAUAAAAAAAAACAUCCUUGAAUUUUGAUUUCCAUUGCAUUUUAAAAUUUUAAUCAUUAUAAAAAUUAAGAAAAUGACAGAAAUUUAUUUAAAAAAAUGUCAUUUUCUUAACUAUAAAAAAAAGUAAAUUGCUUUAAUAGAAAAAUUGAAGAAAAUUAAAAAAUAUAAAAAAAAAAACAAAUUCAGGGAUGUCAAACGGUUAUUGUUAAUUUCUUUUUUUAAUAAACAUAAACAAAAAAUAGAUUUUAAAGAAGCAAUUUUUAGGGAAACAACAACAACAAAAUACACCAACUUAAUAAUAAAAUAUUAAAUAUAAAUUUAAAAAAUAAUACAUAAAUAAUUAUGACAGAAUAUAAUAAAUUACCAUAAAAUAACAAACAACAAAAGAUAAAAACACAUAGGAUGUGGAAUGCAUUUUUCUAUAUAAAAAAAUUAAGCAAUUUUAUCAACAACAACAAGAAAAAAAACCAAAAAAUUUAUAAAUUAUAUAAUUGAAUGAAAUGUGAAAGGUUUAGUAGAAAGUAAAAACAUAAAAACAAAGAACAUCAUCAACAAUUACAACAACAAACAAAUACAAAACACAACUUAAUUAUUAAAUUUAUAUUAUUAUUAUUAUUAUUGAUGCAAUUUAUUUUCUUCCUUUUUUUCUAAUUUUAAAUUAAUGGAAAAAAUAAUCAUUAACAAUAAUUAAAUUAAAUAAAGAAAACAAAAAACAAUUAUAAUUAAAUAUUAAAUUAAUAAAUAAAUUAAUUGAACAAAACAAAACAAAAAAAUAAAUAUAUAUUAUAUAUUCUCUGUGAUUUUUGUAUUAAAAAACAAACAACAAAAGAAUAAAUUAAUUAAAGCGAAAAAGAAAAGAAAAAAAUUAUGUGUAAAAGUCAAAUAACAAAAAAAAAAAUGUAAACAAAAAUUAAAUGUAAAAAGUAUGUACCUAUAUAUGUUUAAAUAAUUUGGAAAAAAAAUUUAAAAAAUUACUAUAAACAUCAAAAAAACAUCCAACAAAUCAAUUCUCCUUUUUGAAAUUUUGAGCAAAAUUGAAAAUAAAUUAACAACAAGAAACAUACAUCAAUACAUAAACACUUACAUACAUACACAAUUACACAAGGGCAAGCGUUAAGUUUACUUGAUUGUACAAAUUAAUUAUUAAUUGUCGUAGGUUUAAUAAAAUAAAAUAAAAUUAAAAAAAACAAAACAAACAAGAAAAGAAAACUACUUCCGGAAAAUUAAAAAUUCUAAAACUAAUACAUAUUCAGUUGGAUAUUAAAGAUUUGUAAGCAAAAA